UUAUCAUCAAUGCAUCAAAACGCGUGCUUUCUCUGUUUCAUCCGCCACGGAACUAUAUAACUUAGGGGAAUACACCUUUGUCACUAACCCACGUUUUCUUCAUCAGCAUCAAAGCAACGAAUCGAUCAGCAUCAGGCUCUCACAAACCGGGAACCUGAGAUUUCUGUGACUGCUGAUAAUUGGGUCUCACCAUCAGACAUUCCACUCAUAGAACCUUUUAGCAAAGAGCACAAGAUGAGGGAGGCACAGCUAGGCGCUCACACUGUGAGGUCCCAUGGAAUGACACUCGCAAGGACUCACAUGCACGACUGGAUCAUACUCGUACUACUCGUUGUCCUCGAGUGUAUCCUCCUCAUAAUCCACCCGUUUUACCGCUUUGUCGGUAAAGACAUGAUGACUGAUCUAAGCUACCCUCUGAAGAGUAACCCCGUACCAAUCUGGUCUGUCCCGGUCUAUGCAAUGCUGCUGCCAUUGGUGAUCUUCAUAUCUAUCUACUUCCGUAGAAGAGACGUAUACGAUCUUCACCACGCGGUGCUAGGUCUGUUAUACUCUGUUCUGGUGACGGCAGUGCUUACAGAUUCGAUUAAGAAUGCAGUUGGUAGACCACGCCCUGACUUCUUCUGGCGUUGUUUUCCUGAUGGCAAAGCUGUUUACGAUACCCUUGGAGAUGUGAUAUGCCAUGGUGAUAAAAGUGUCAUAAGGGAAGGGCACAAAAGCUUCCCAAGCGGACACACCUCUUGGUCUUUUGCGGGUCUAGGAUUCUUGUCGCUGUAUUUAUCAGGGAAGAUUCAAGCGUUUGACGGUAAAGGCCACGUUGCGAAGCUAUGCAUUGUUAUACUCCCUUUGCUAGUUGCGGCUCUUGUUGGUAUAUCCCGUGUGGAUGACUAUUGGCAUCACUGGCAAGACGUCUUUGCAGGAGGCUUGCUAGGUCUCGUGGUGUCUACGUUCUGUUAUCUUCAAUUCUUUCCACCACCUUAUCACACCGAAGCGUGGGGGCCAUAUGCUUACUUCCAAGUGUUGGAGGCGGCACGAGCACAAGCGCAAGCAGCAGAGAAUGGAGUGGCUCAGGGAGGUAACGGUGAAGAGGAAGACGGAGGGUUUAUGGGUUUACAUUUGGUGGAUAAUCCGAGUAUGAGGAGAGAAGAAGAAGAUGUAGAAGCUGGUAGAGUGCCUAGAGGCUGAGAUAUGAAAGAAACAUGGAAGGCGGUUUGGUCGUUGCUUAGGACACUUUCUCUUGUUCUGUAGAUUCUUUGUCUGGUUUGAUUUAACUGGUUAGACCCCGGUUUAUUAAAUAAAGUUUCUUGAUUUUCUCUUGCUCUGUUGGGAUUAAUUAAGCCGUUAUAAUU